GAGUGUGAGGGAGUGUGUUCAGUAGUGAGAGAGUGGCUGAGAGACACCAGCUCUGACUGAAACAUUGACACCUGGUUGCAUGUGUGAAGUUUAGAAGAUGAGUGAGAACUACAACAUUCCUUUCUGGAUCUACCUGGCUGUAGUGUCUUUGUUUGUGGGUGGAGCCAUGAAGAAGAUCCUGGCACCCCACCUGAGCGUCGGCCCCACUCUGGUGGCCUGGCUGGGGGCCACGGUUCUGGUGGAGCGGCUAUGGGGGUUCUGCCUUCCAGCCAUCCCGCUACUGGUGCUGCUUGCUGCCAUGGGCUGCAUCUACUCACGGUCCAGGACCGCCCAGCUGCCCAACCUUCCUGCCCAGGGCAAAGCUGUCUUCAUUACAGGCUGUGACUCCGGCUUCGGGAAUGCGGCGGCAAAGCGUCUCGACUCCUUGGGCUUCGAAGUUUUCGCCACCGUUUUGAACCUGGAGGGAGACGGAGCCAGAGAGCUGCAGAGAAGCUGCUCCUCCCGCCUCACCCUCCUACAGGUGGACAUCACGCAGCCGCAGCAGGUGCAGCAGGCGCUGCUGGACACCAAGGCCAAGCUGGGCCUCCGAGGUCUGUGGGGUUUGGUCAACAACGCUGGAGUGUGUCUAAACUUAGGUGACGCCGAACUGACCCUGAUGUCCAACUUCCGAUGCUGCAUGGAGGUGAACUUCUUCGGGACGGUGAGCGUCACCAAGAGCUUCCUGCCGCUGGUGCGACAGGCCAAAGGACGCAUCGUCAACAUCUCCAGCCCAGCAGGUGAGCAACCAUUUCCAUGUCUGGCUGCAUACGGGUCGUCCAAAGCCGCGCUAAACCUCUUCACUGAAACCCUGAGGCAUGAGCUGAACCACUGGGGGGUCCGAGUGAUCACCAUCCUUCCAUCCUCGUACAGGACAGCCGCAUCCAGCAACCACGCCCACUGGGAUCAGCAGAACAAGGAGCUGCUGCAGGGUCUGUCCCCAGAGCUGCUCGAGGACUACGGUGAGGACUACGUGACCGAGACCAAGAACCUUUUCCAGAGCUUCUCUGAGAGGGCCAGUACAGAUUUCAGCCCCGUCAUCGACACCAUCGUCCAGGCACUAUCGUCGCCGCAGCCGCAGGCUCGCUACCAUGCUGGCCUCAGCCUGAUGUACUUCAUCCAUAGCUACCUCCCACUGAGUCUCAGAGACCGCCUUCAGAAGAAACGCUUCCUGAAGAAGACGGUGAUGCCACGUGCGCUGAGGAAGAAGUCCGGUUUGGAUGCUAAUGGCUGCCACAGCAACAUCAACACCUGCGAAGAGAAGCAGAACCUGCAGUAACACGGCUGGUUAAAGAAAAAAAAU